GAGAGAGACCGUCACAGUAUUUUUUUGGCACCAAGAAGGAGAGAAAAGGGCCUUUCAAGUUUCAAUAUAAACAAAAUAAAGACUAGCAUGCUUAUGUUCUUUGUCGCAACUGCUUGAUUUUUCUUCUUCACUUCACAGAAUGUCUACUUCCGAGGCUUGCCCUGCUGCACUGUCAGUCUCCAGAAAAUUUUCCGGCGAGAUUGGGGAACACUUGAACUCGGAUUCUCCGUCUGAAGUGGACCUGGAGAGCGGGUUUUUGUUCGUGAAGCUGCAUUUAGAUGAUAAGUCAGUGAGAGAUUGUAGGAUUUGCCAUUUGGGUUUUGAUGGUAGUUCUCAAGAGUUAAGGCCUCCCAUUGAGUUAGGCUGUUCUUGUAAAGGUGAUCUGGGUUCUGCUCACAGACAAUGUGCUGAGACUUGGUUUAAGAUCAAGGGUAACAUGAUCUGUGAGAUUUGUGGCUCCACUGCAGUCAAUGUUGGUGGUGAGCAAAUAAAUCAGUCAAAUGAUGUAGCUGCUGCAGCCUCAUUAGCUUCAGCAGCACCUAUGAUCUUAAUGGAAACUCGAAACUUGUGGCAGGGUCACCGCGUAUUGAACUUUUUACUCGCCUGCAUGGUGUUUGCCUUUGUCCUAUCUUGGCUCUUCCACUUCAAAGUGUUAUCAUGAAUGUUAAGAGUGAAAAAACUGUAAGCAUUUUGCUCUCUUUCUGACGGAUAAGAUUUAACUCUCCCAUGUAAUGGUGUUUAUAUUUCAACCCAUCCUCAUCUUCUCUCGCUCUAUGCUGCAUGCUAUAACGCAGUGGUGAGAAGCUUAUGUGAUCAUGAAUUUCAUGUUAUAUGAAUCUUGCUCAUGAGAGGGAAUCACUUGCCGGGAAAAAAGAUGACAAAUUCUUUCUUAUGCCAAAUUCAA